AACAAAUGACUUUGAAGGUUGAAGAAACAAAAUAGAAGCCGUUCGAUAACUGAGAAGCAAUUGAAGUGAAACCCUAAGAUGGAACCACACGGUGCCGGACCACUUCGUUCACGGAGUUCACAGUCCGCUUCUCCUUCCCACUCCGCCUCCGCCUCCGCCACCUCAUCCAUCCGUAAACGCAAACUCGUAUCUGAAGAUCACGCGCCUCCAUUUCCACCUUCUUCUUUAUCCGCCGACACACGCGACGGCGCACUUACCUCCAAUGACGACCUAGAAAGCAUUUCCGCCCGUGGUGCGGACUCUGAUUCCGACGAGGACUCGGAGGAUGCAGUUGUUGAUGACGACGAAGACGAGUACGACAAUGAUAACGGUUCCUCCAUGCGCAAUUUCACCGCUUCCAGGCUCAACAAUGCUCCUGCCGCUCCCCGCAAUAGUAAGCUCAAAACUGAAAACUCCACUGUUAAGAUCGAACAGUCAGAUGGAACUAAAGACUCCGGACCUUCUGUUACCGGUGCUGCUCCCGGUGCCGGUUCUGUUCCCGGCAUUGUGGUUAAGGAGGAUGCAACGAAGAUAUUCACUGAAAAUUUGCAGACCAGUGGUGCUUACAGUGCCAGGGAAGAGAGUCUCAAGAAAGAGGAAGAAACUGGAAAACUCAAAUUUGCAUGCCUUUCGAAUGAUGGUGUUGACGAGCAUAUGGUUUGGUUGAUAGGAUUGAAGAAUAUAUUUGCUAGACAACUUCCCAAUAUGCCCAAGGAGUACAUCGUCCGACUUGUUAUGGAUAGGAGCCAUAAGUCUGUAAUGGUUAUAAGGCGUAAUCACGUUGUUGGAGGCAUUACAUAUCGUCCGUAUGCAAGCCAGAGGUUUGGUGAGAUAGCCUUUUGUGCGAUUACAGCCGAUGAACAAGUAAAAGGAUAUGGGACCAGAUUGAUGAAUCACUUAAAACAGUAUGCACGUGAUGUAGAUGGGUUGACACAUUUUCUCACAUAUGCUGACAAUAAUGCUGUUGGCUAUUUUAUCAAACAGGGAUUUACAAAAGAGAUUCACCUGGAGAAAGAUCGAUGGCAAGGUUACAUAAAGGAUUACGAUGGGGGAAUUCUCAUGGAAUGUAAGAUUGAUCCAAAGCUUCCUUACACUGAUUUAUCAACUAUGAUCCGUCGUCAAAGACAGGCAAUAGAUGAAAAGAUUAGAGAACUGUCAAACUGUCACAUUGUUUAUACUGGAAUUGAUUUUCAGAAGAAAGAAGUUGGUAUUCCCAAAAAAAUUGUUGAUGACAUCCCUGGUUUGAGUUAGUUAACUUUUACUUGUAUGACAUGUCCACCUCUCUCAUCCAAGGCCUUAUGAAUGAUUCCAAAUCUUUGUGCUUCUUAGUGCUGAGUGCAUCUUACUGAUUAAUUUUUUCUUGAGCUAAAAGAAAAUGGGGGGCAGUGUUACUUAUGAUGUACCGUGUACGGAAUUAAUGCCAUUUUAGAAGUUCUUGAGCUGUGUUUGGAUUAAAUAAAGGAGGGGAAUUCUCUUAUCCUGCCUGGUAACUAAAAUUAGAGGGAUGCUAUUUCCCAUUUUCCCUUUAUUUAGUUUGGAGUCAAAUAGGUUAUCGAUCUCUAUAAAUAUCUUAAAUUUUGUUUUUAGUCCCUCUAAGAAUUUUCAUCAAGUUUUGGUCUCCUUAAUGUUUUCUACCACAACUUUUAGCCUCGAUGUUAACUGAGUUUAUCAGAAUUUGAUAUGGCAUUGCCAUGUGUGCUUUUUUAAUGCCCUUGAUUUUUUUAAUUAUUUAACUAUGCACACAUGGAAACCGAUCUUCAUUUUUUUGUUUUUGACAAAACCAAUCUUCAUUUUCUCCAAAAUCCCUAGCAACCAUGGCUGUGAAGCAGUGUAUGCAGGAUUGCGAGUCAACUCGUGAACUUAUCUGAUCCAACGUGUCAUUGUUAUGCCGGCAUGCUGCGUUUCAGGUUGGACCACAUAUAAGAAAAACGGUAAUCUCGCACGAGUUGUGAAGUAAACUCGUUUUGAGCUCUGAGCUGCAGCAACGCUUCUUUUUUGGGGUUUUGAGAAAAAACCUUAAUUUUUUAAAAUGAGCUUGGAUCGGGUCAUAAUUAAAACCCAUUAUUUUUUAUUAUUUUAAAUAGAAAUUCAGAGACAUGCUGUAUCUCAAAAAACACAAUUAAAUGCAACCAUUCGGCUCUAUUUUUUUACUCACCUAUUUUUCUAAGAGAUUAUUUUUAAUUUCAACUUAUGUUUUGAUUUUGAAUUUAUGAUUAUGAUAAUGAGCUUAUGAAUUUCUGGUUAUGAUUGUGUACUUAUGAACUUCUAUAUGAUUUUUGGGCAUGUCUAUGUAAUUAUACUUUCAUAUAAUUCAUAUAAUUUUUUUUCCACUAGUAGCAGGACCUUAUUUUUCGUGCUAUAGUCCUUGAGUUAUGAUUUUUCAAUUUUCUAUCAAUUCUCCAAUAGUAGUAGGAUCUUAUUAUUCGUGCUACGUUCCUCGAGUAACGAUUUUUGGGUUGGGUUUGGCCAAACCCUAUACCCAA